UUCCUGCCUUCAGCCUCACAUCCUCACAGGACUACACUCAGAGCUGAUCAAAGCGCAAGGAGCCAUGGAAGCCUACUCUACCAACAGUGGAUUAACGCCUGUUUUAUCUGGAGCCAGUUCUACGCAGCAAUCCAAUAUGUGGAGACCGUGGAGUGGGAAUCAGGGCGAAACUGCUCCAUGCGUGACUACCUCUACGCAUGGAAACGUCUCUACUGCAAACAUCACCAAACCUCCUCAGGUCGUACAUCCCGUGAAGUUGUUCUGGCCGAAAUCCAGAUGUUUCGAUUAUCUGUACCAGGAUGCAAAAAUGCUGCUCCGCAACUAUCCGGUCCAAGCGACCAUCUGCCCCUGUCGAGACUCCAGCAGCGACGAAGAAAGCGACGAAGAAGAAGAAGAGGCGGAAAAGGAGCUGAACUAAAUGCCACCCUCUGAAGCCUUUGAAGACAAUUUGCUGAAUAGUGUGCUAAUAUAUACAUUUCUCUUAAUUUAUUCCUGUAAAUAUAUGUAAAUAGAUCCUUUUCUAUUUCUGCAUCAAACGAGAAUGUAAAUGCUUAAGUUAUUCCUUUAACAUUUCUACCUCUUGUAUUCGGUUAAGCAUUGAAAUAAAAUGCAUUAAAUUAA